GUGUGUAAUGAAUCAAUUCUACAGUGAAGCACUGGGAUUGAAGUUUUAUUGUUAAGUUGUAUUGUAGGGCAUAGUCGUAAGGUAAAAAUGUAUUAGUUUUGAAAUAGAACGAUGAAAAUAAUAACGUGAAAUGUAUAAUUUGUUGUGCUAUAAGUGGUGUAACUGUUAAAUGUUGGUGGUUUUGGGCUGGUCCGUUUACAGAAACGGAAACAAUCCAUGUUUCCACUCGCUUUUAGGACCGUUCUAUAAUAUAUUUAGGUGACAACCGUUUAGUUUCUUGUAUAAAUUGUACAGAAUUUAUAUUAUUGUAAUGUAAAUAAAAAAAUAUUCUUGGCUGGCGCAUGCGUCGGGUCGAAAAACAGACAAAGGUUUUGUGGAGUUUGAAAGUCAGCUGUAUUAUUUUAAUGUGCGAUGAGUUAGUGCCCGUGGAGUGUUUGAAGAAGUGACAAUGAUUAGUGAAAUUGGAUACACAGUGUUUGUGCUCCUGGCCCUGCCUUACAUAGAAAGUGCAACCCGUCGCGAACUAAGCGAAUACAUCACAUACUAUGAGCCGCUCGACUACGACGCGAGCGACUUGCACGAGCAGCACACGCGCGCUCGACGCUCCACAGACGCGCCCGCCGACCUGCGGCUCAAGUUCCGCGCGCACGGCAAGCGGUUCCACCUGCGGCUGCGGCGGGACCUAUCCGCCUUCCACGAGGACCUGCAGGUGGAGGGCUCACAGGGGCAAAUACACAAUGUCGACACGUCGCACAUAUAUCACGGGGAAUUGGCUGACGAUCCCCAAUCGACGGUGUUCGGUUCGGUGACGGACGGCGUGUUCGAAGGCAAGAUCAUCGCCAGCGACGGCGCGUACUACGUCGAGCACGCACGGCGGUACUUCCCGCCGAACGGCACCCGCUCGCGGGGGCCCCACUCCGUCAUCUACCGCGAGGGCGACGUGGUCGACCCGUACGCGCACAGAAGACACGGUCACGUGGGCGGCUGCGGCAUCACAGACGAGGUGGUGCAGUGGAUGGAGCGCAUCCAGAACUCCGGUGUGGAGGAGGAGGUGUCGCCGUCCCCGCCCGCGCCGUCGGUCAACCCCUACCCGCAUCACAUGCCUUCUUCGCCCCCGCCACAUCCUAACAGCUUGAGGGAUGAUAACCCAAGGUUUUGGGACAUGCAGUACCACGACAAGUACUCUCGGGCGGCGAACAGUGGACACUCGCGUUCGCGGCGAGCGACCAAGGAGGCGAACCGGACCAGCUGUUCGCUAUACAUACAGACGGACCCGCUUAUAUGGCGGCACGUCAGAGAGGGGUUUCCUGAUCACCGGGACCCCAGCAAGAAGGCCGAAGUGGACAUGAAGACCCGCGAGGAGCUACUCUCAUUGAUCGCGCACCACGUGACUGCUGUCAACUAUAUCUACAAGAGCACGCGCUUCGACGGGCAUAUGGAACACAGGAACAUACAGUUUGAAGUGCAGCGGAUAAAGAUUGACGACUCCGAAUGCAACCACCACUACGGCAGCGAGACGAACCAGUUCUGCCUAGAGAACAUCGACGUGUCCAACUUCCUGAACCUGCACUCGCUCGCCAACCACGAGGACUUCUGCCUCGCCUACGUGUUCACAUACAGGGACUUCACCGGGGGCACUCUAGGUCUAGCAUGGGUCGCAAGCGCGAGCGGUGCGUCCGGCGGCAUCUGCGAGAAAUACAAGACGUACACGGAAACCAUAGGCGGCAUGUACCAGAGCACCAAACGGUCACUCAAUACUGGCAUCAUAACAUUUGUCAACUACAACAGCCGUGUGCCGCCGAAAGUCAGCCAACUGACGUUGGCCCACGAGAUCGGACACAACUUCGGCUCACCGCACGACUACCCGUCAGAAUGCCGGCCAGGCGGCCAGCAGGGCAACUUCAUAAUGUUCGCGUCGGCCACGAGCGGCGACCGGCCCAACAACAGCAAGUUCUCCGCUUGCUCCAAGGGGAACAUCAGUCAAGUGCUCGACGCUGUACGGGACGGGAGGAAGAGGAACUGUCUCUCGGCCAGCCAGGGGUCGUUCUGUGGGAACAAGAUUGUGGAGUUGGGAGAGCAAUGCGACUGUGGGUACGACGAGCUGGAAUGCAAGGACCGGUGUUGCUACCCGCGCGUCAUCAACGACACGGAGCGCAGUCUCAACAUGAGCGCCCGCGGCUGCACCCGCCGGGCCAUGACUCAGUGCAGUCCAUCACAAGGCCCGUGCUGCAACUCGCAAACCUGCAUGUUCGUAACGGCGAGCGCCAACCAGACAUGUCGCGAGGCCACAGAAUGCAGCCACGCUUCCUUCUGUUCCGGCCGCUCGGCGAUGUGUCCUGAGCCCAGAGCUAUGGACAACGGCACUCUGUGCAAUAACGGCACCCAACUGUGCAAGUCCGGCGAGUGCAGCGACAGCAUCUGCAAGCUGUGGAACAUGACGGAGUGCUUCCUGUCGUCGGCGCCGACCGCGCGCGGCGACGGCGUGACGGCCACGGCCGACCGCCGCAUGCUGUGCCAGCUCGCCUGCCAGGUCGGGCCCGACCCCGACUCCUGCCAGAGCACGGCGCGCUUCGCCAACAAGUACGGCCUGCCCGAGGAGGGCAUCAGUCUGCGCCCCGGCUCGCCUUGUGACAACUUCCAGGGUUACUGUGAUGUGUUCCUAAAAUGCCGCGCCGUGGACGCAGAAGGCCCGCUGGCGCGCCUCAAGAAUUUACUGCUGAACCGAGCCACGCUGCAGACAGUGCAAGCCUGGGUUAUUGAGCAGUGGUGGGCAGUACUCAUCGGCGGUGUACUGAUCAUCGUGUGUAUGGGCGCCUUCGUUAAAUGUUGUGCCGUGCACACGCCGUCUUCCAACCCUAAGCGGGCCCCAGCCAGACGGCUGUCGGAGACGCUGCGGCGGCCGAUGAACACGCUGCGGCGGAUGCGGCACGCGCACGGCGGGGGGGGCGGGGGCGCGCACCCCGCCCGCCACGAGCCGCGCGCGCCGCGCCCCGGCCACCGCCGCGCCCGCCACAAGUACACCCCGCCCGCCGCCUACACCCGCCCCUCCGCUCCCGUAUCUGCGCCAGCGGGUCCUAGCGGGCGCCGCGCGGAGCCGUACGCGAACGCCUACCCGCAGUCGUACGAGAUGCGGUCGCAGAAGGUCUGACACUACGACUACCCCGGCGCCGACGGCGGCCUCGAGCUGGUGGCGCUGGCGCCCGGCGUGCCCAUGCUGCUGGGCUACGUGCUGCGCGCGCCGCUAGCCGACACGCCGCCCGCCACCACCACCGCCACCGUGGCCUCGCAGACCACCAUCACGCUGCACUCGCCCGACACGCUCGCCGUCACCAACCCGCAGCGGCAGGCCGAUAUCUGAAUAGAUCAACCGUACCUACCUGGAUUUGACGUUCGGUAGAACCCGAUCAUCUUUUGUCACACGGCCAGCGUAUGCCCCGUCAAAUGAACGCUCCCUCCCGGCCUCCCGUUGGUCUGAUGUUCGAUCGUCUUUUGUCAGGCGCCACAAAUGAACGCCUUCCCUUUUGACCUCCCGUUGAAUCCAGUUUUGAUGUUCCAUUGAACCUGGAUAGUCUUUUGUCGGACGGCCGGCGUCGACGGAACGUGUUCGACUACUGGCAUUAUUAAUAAGUAAUAUUUUCAUGAGAUUACGUAAGAGUAGUAUUAUAUUCUUGAGAGUAGCCAGCAUGUUUCGUCGACGUGAAGGCGCUCCCGAAAAAAAAAGAUUUGAACUCAAUAUGUUCUGUAAAUGAAGGACAAAGUCUUCAUAUUUAAAAUAGCUCUAUAUUCCCUAAAACCACCGCGAGUUGCUUUUCGUUAGAAUAGAUUUUGGACAUUGAGUAACCCCCUAAUGCGAUAGGGAUUGUUAGUCUUUCAACAGCGGUGGUAGCAGGAAGCCCCAACAGUUGUAUCCGGACGUCCCGGUCAGAGGACGCCAUUAACCAUAGACCACUGACUGUAGUAUCUCUGCUCGCGUCUACUUUUAAACUUACUAUGUAUUAUUACUCUCAUUCCAAUCCUCCAAUUCAACGCAGAUAUAAUGUCUGGUUCAAAAGUCACCUUAUAUCUGCGAUAGUUGGAAAAUCGAAUCAAAAAUGUGUUCUCUCAAAUUCCUUUCCAUUAGAAUAGAUACGAAGCGCAAUAUUGGUUUUAAUUGGUAAGAACUAUGUUUGCUCAAUCAAAAAAUAUAUUCUAUUCUAUGUAUACUGUGAGCUCAAAGUGUGUCGAUCGACUGCUUCUUUUAUGUAUUAUGUUCAUGUAUAAGAAUGAGAUUAUCUUUGCGUUCAGUAAGCCCCCAAGUUCAGGCUUUAUAAAGAUUUGUUACUAGAUACAAGACUGAGGGUUUAUUCGUCUCAUUUUGAAGUGUUUCUUUUUUGUCACACUUGUAAAUUCGUACGUUAGUGCGGUAAGGAAGCAACACGUGACGUGGUUCGCGGUAGACCCUCUGAUCAUCUGAUGGUGAUCCCUAUUAUAUCGGCAAUUCCAUAUAUUAGUCCUGAAAGUGGCUUUUACUCAAGUAUUUUUAUAAAUCCCAGAUUAGAGGCGUGUCUUAACGAGCCAGUGAUACUUUAACUACGCGAUAAUAAUGGAUUGUCAGAGCUGCUUUUACAACAGGCAUUUAUGUAUAUUUUUGUAUAUAAAUGAGGUGAAGAAUAAAUAAAAAGCUAUUAUGUAAAAAUAUCAAACAAUUGUAACUGAAUACCAAUUCUAGUUAGUAUAUAACGCAUUGUUUUACUGGAAUCUCCGUAAUCGUAAUUUUAUAAUAUAUUUUUAUUGUAUUUUAAUAUAAGGGGACGCGGAGGUGCCAUUAUACCAAUUUUGAAAUCCCUUUUCUUGAGUUUAUUCUUCUUUUGUUGUAUUUGUUGUCAGAAAACUCUUAGGGUGCGCGCCCACGGGCGACAAAGUUGCUCGGCGACUUUCGUAUUUGUAUGAAAAGUUGCGUCGCUUCGUGAGCACACUUUCAUACUAGGCCAUGGUCGCGACAAUAAAGUCGCUGCCAAAAGUUGCCCGUGUGCGCGCUCUCUUAUCGAACAACGUUGCGCCCAUUCUAGUUGUGUCUCAAACAUUCGGACAAACUACUUGUAGCAAUCAUCACAACAUUGUUAUACAGGGUGUCCACUACUAAAUCCAAAAAAAAUCCCUGACUUUCCAUGACCAUUUAAGAAAAUUUCCCUGACCAAAUUUUUAUUCUAUGAUGAUAUUUUUACCACGGUUGCAAAAAAGCAGUUUUUUUUUUCUUAAAAAAAACCGAAGAAAAAGCAUUUUUUUUUAGGGUUCUGUUCCUGAAAAAGGAAAAACGGAACCCUUAUGGGAUCACUCGGGCGUCUGUCUGUCCGUCUGUUACAGCCAAUUAUUUUCUGGGAUAUGUUUGUUUUCUAAAGUACGAAAUAUAAAAAUUUACAAGGCAGUUCAUACUUUUAUAUUAAUUAACUAUUUUCCAUUAUGUUAACUAUUAAACUUGGCUAUACCAGUGCCGGCCCGUGCACUCUCAAUCAGGGACAUCAGGGUAGAGCGAGUUUGAGUUUCGGCGCCCUUGGUUAUUGCAUAAAAAAAAAAUCGCGAGCGCAGCGAGCGCGAAAUUUUUUCCCCUUUUAUACGUCCCGUAGUAGUUAUUUUGUACAUAACUUAGCAAACAAAAUGGAGUACCUAGUCUAUCAGAGCAGAGUCAGGAAAGCAGACUUGAAAUGAAAACGAGAUUUCAAGCGUAAUCUGAGCGCGAAGUAUUGACUAAGUUACAAGAAUAUAUUACAUACAUACAUACAUACAAUCACGCCUGUAUCCCAUAAAGGGGUAGGCAGAACACAUGAAACUACUAAAGCUUCAGUGCCAAUAUAUUACAUAUCUAGAAAUAUUAAACGCGAGCGAAGCGAGCGCGAAAUUUUUUCUCUGUUAGCGUCGGGAUGCCC